CAGAGCGAAAGUCACGACAAACGACAGCAAAAAGAUUAGAUCAGAAGAUGACUAUCCUCUUUUCUUCCAUUUACAACUUAAGAAACAUAUCAUUUAUUUGUUUGGAUUCAUCAAAUCCUCUCAGCUCUAAGUUGAAACUAUACUGUGGGUUAUGAAAUCCGUUUUUUUUAUUCUGUAUUAAUGGGUAAAAUCCUGUAUUCUAUUAUGCUAUAGAUACUCUUGCCGUAUUUAACUCUUCAUACUUAUCUUCCUCAUUCUACAUUUUUCUCUCCAUCUCUCUUUCUCUCAACCGAAUCUAAUGCCAACAACAAGAACCCAUUACACUUUGUUUGUCAAGCAGGAAAUGGGGUGACAAGAUGGUGUGCGGCUGGAGGUUUAGACUGAUCAACAGCUGCUGAUCAGUCUUCUGUCACAGCUUUCUGAUUCUUUUGGCACGUUCUUGAUCCAAAUUGUUGCAGUGUUUCGUUGCUGAUUUGGAAACGAUCACCAGAUUUGAUCUUGUUAGGUGACUGUUAAUCCCACUGCUUUUUUUCUCUGAUUUCUACUUGCAAAGCCAUUCAAGUGAAGGGCAGCAUUUGUUACAGAGUGAUAGAAUGGUCUUCCAUUGAAGAUGUACUUCACAUUAAGCUGCGGUGAAACGACUGAGAUACACAGAUAGAUAUAAUGAAGGCUCUCGUUUAGACUAUUAGCCGGGUGUUUGGAAUCUAUCAACUUCUUAUUCUGGCCUGGAUCCAUUACCUGGAUUUUUAUUACUGGUAUAAGGACCAGGCAUUUGCAAAGUCCAAACCAGUUUUCUUCUUAUUCCUUGCCGGAGUCAUGGCAACCCUGUUGCAUUCUGACUCUAGGCGCUUAUAUUCUUGGUGGUGGGACAGUCACAUUAGUCCAAAGAAUUCAAAAUGGCUUCAAGAAAAUCUUACAGACAUGGACACUAAAGUGAAAUCAAUGAUCAAGCUCAUUGAAGAAGAUGCAGAUUCAUUUGCAAGGAGGGCAGAAAUGUACUAUAAGAAACGUCCAGAGCUCAUGAAACUUGUUGAGGAGUUCUAUCGAGCAUACCGUGCAUUAGCAGAGAGGUAUGAUCAUGCAACUGUAGAGCUCCGCCAUGCCCAUCGAACAAUGGUAGAAGCUUUUCCGAACCAAGUUCCUUAUCUAGCUGAUGAUUCAUCAUCAGUUUCAUCAGGCCCUGAUGUUGAGCCUCAGACACCAGAAAUGCCACAUCCAAUUCGUGCAUUAUUUGACCCAGAAGACUUACAAAAGGAUUCCCUGGGCCUCUCUUCAACCUGCUCAAAUUCUUCUCGGAGGCAUGGGGGGUAUUCAGACGAAUCAGACUACAGAACAAAAACAAGGGGUUUAAAACAGCUGAAUGACAUGUUUGGGUCAGGUGUAGUCGAACAAAAGGUCACAGAAGGAAGGAUGGAGAAACAAGAGGCAGAGAUUGAUAAGAGUCUACGGAAUGGGUUCUCACAAUUAUCAACAGAGUAUAAGAAUCUCAAGACUCAAGUUCUUUCUGAAUCAAAGCGUGCUUGUAAAGCAGAAGGAGAAAUUCAAGCCUUGAGAAAAACACUUGCUGAUCUUCAAGCUGAAAAGGAAGCUGUCCAUCUUCAGUACCAGCAGAGUCUACAGAAGUUAUCCAGCCUGGAAAGCGAACUUAAUCAUGCACAAAUAGAUGCUGGAGGGCUUAGCGAGCGAGCUAUUAAAGCGGAACUUGAAAUUGAAAUACUAAAAGAAGCCCUCAUCAAAUUAGAAGCUGAGCGAGAUGCUGUGCUUCUUCAGUGCAAUCAGUGUUUGGCUAAAAUGUCUACUCUGGAGAUUACAAUUUCUAAAAUGCAAGAGGAGGCAAAAGGACUCGAUGAACGUGCAUUUAAAGCAGAAAUAGAAGCUCAAAAUCUGAAUCAAGAGCUUUCGAGGUUACAGGAUGAGAAGGAGGCUGGGCUGCUUCAGUACAAGCAGUGCCUGGAUAUGAUUUCUGCUUUGAAGAAUGAAAUUGCCCUUGCUGAGGAAAAUGCACAAAUGCUUAAUGAACAAACUGAAAGAGCAGAAACUGAAAUUGAAGCACUGAAGCGAGAACUUUAUAAACUGAAAGAAGAGAAAGAAGAUGCAAUUCUCCAGUAUGAGAAAUGCUUGGCUGUAAUUCGCAAGCUCGAAAGUGAAAUUGCUCGCGCACAAGGCGAUACAGAAAGAUUAAACAGAAAACUUAUGGUAGGGGAAGAAAAAUUAAAAAAUGUGGAAGAACAGCGUGCUCAGCUGGAGAAGUCAAAUCAAUCUUUACUGUUAGAAGCAGACAACCUGGCACAAAAAAUUGCAGUUAAAGAUCAAGAACUUUUUGAGAAACAAAGUGACCUGGAGAAGCUUCAGAGUCUAUUGCAAGAUGAGCAAUCUCGGUUUUCAAAAAUUGAAGCUACUUUAAAAAAUUUGCAGCAUUUGCAUUCUCAGUCUCAGGAAGAACAGAGAUCUUUGACACUUGAGCUACAAAAUAGGCUUCAAAUGUUGAUGGACUUGGAGAUAUCGAACCGCAAUUUGGAAGAUGACAUCCAGCAGGUUAAGGAAGAAAAUCAAACCCUGAAUGAACAGAACAAGUCUUCCACCAUUUCAUUAAAGAUUUUACAAAAUGAUAUAUCCAGUUUAAAGGAGAUAAAAGACAAACUUGAACAAGAGGUUGUAUUACAAGUGGACAAAAGUACUGCCCUCCAAGAGGAGGUUUGCAGUUUGCAGGAGGAAAUCAAAGACUUAAACAGGAGAUACCAGGCUCUAAUGGAGCAAGUGCAGUCAGUUGGUCUGAAUCCUGAAUUCAUUGAGCCCUCUGUUAAGAAGUUACAACAGGAGAACUCAAAGCUGAUAGAAGUCUGCAAUAAGCACAGAGAUGAGAAAGAUGCUUUAUAUGAGAAGUUGAGGGAAAUGGAUUACCUUUUGCAAAAGAAAAGCGUUUUGGAGAGUUCUCUUUCAGAAUCAAAUGCUAAGCUAGAAGGAUCAAGAGAGAAGGUUGAGGAAUUACAGGAAUCUUGCCAGCUUUUACGGGAUGACAAAUCUACUCUUAUUGCUGAGAAAGCCACCCUGCUCUCUCAGUUGCAAAUUAUGACUGAGAAUAUGCAGAAGCUCUUAGAGAGAAAUAUCUUACUAGAGACUUCCCUUUCUGGUGCAAAUGUUGAGCUUGAAGGUUUAAGGGUAAAGUCAAAGAAUUUUGAAGAAUUCUGUCAGUUGCUCAAAGAUGAAAAAUCUGACCUUCUAAAUGAAAGAGGCACCCUGGUCUCUGAACUCAAAAAUGUUGAAGAAAGGCUGGGAAAUCUGGAAAAGAGGUUUAUGAGGUUGGAAGAGAAGUGUGCUGAUCUGGAGAAGGAGAAAGAAUCUAGAAAUUUUCAAGUAGAAGAACUAAGGAGUUUUCUCUGCCAAGAGAAGCAAGAGCGGGCAUCGUAUGUUCAGUCAAGUGAGUCCCGAUUGGCAAAUCUGGAAAACCAUGUUCACCUGUUGCAAGAAGAAUGUAGAUCCGGGAAGAGGGAAUUUGAGGAAGAACUGGACAAAGCAGUAAAAGCGCAGGUUGAGAUAUUCAUCUUGCAGAAGUUUAUAGAAGAUUUAGAAAAGAAGAACUUAUCUUUGUUGGUUGAUUGUCAGAAACAUAUUGAGGCGUCCAAAUUGUCAGAUAAACUGAUAUCAGAGCUGGAGAGUGAGAAUCUAGAACAGCAGGUGGAAGCUGAAUUUUUGUUAGAUGAAAUUGAAAAUCUGAGGGCAGGAAUUUAUAAAGUAUUCAGAGCUCUUCAAUUUGAUGCAGAUUGCAAGCACGAAGAUAUGAUUCAACAAGAGGAAAGUCGCAUUCCACAUAUUUUGGAGGACAUUGGAGAAUUAAAAUGUUCACUCUCCAGAAACGAGGAUGAUACGCAUCAGCUGCUAGUUGGGAACUCGGUGCUUCUAUGUUUGCUUCAACAGCUGAAAUUGGAAGCUGCUGAACUUGAAUCAGAGAAAAAAAUUAUUGAGAAUGACUUCGAAAUCAUUUCAGAGCAUCAAGCAAUGCUACAAAACGAUAACCAUGAGCUCCUGGACAUGAAUAGGCAGUUGAAAUUAGAAGUGAGAGAAGGGCAUCAACAAGAGAGAAAGUUGAAAGGUGAAUUGGAAGCUCAGGAUGCAAAACUGGGAAGUUUGCAGGAGGCUUACCUGGUGUUGCAAGAAGAAAAUUCCAAAGUACUCGAAGAAAAUAUGCUUCUGGUAAAAAAAUUUUCAGAGCUGAGAAAAGAAAUGUGUAUUCUUGAAGAGGAAAAUUGUGCUAUUUUUCAGGAAGUGAUUGCUCUCAGUAACAUAUCUUUGGUUUUCCAGAGCUUUGGGACUGAAAAAGAAAAGGAACUUAAGGCAUUUGCUAAAGAUCUUAACAGGCUCCAGGUAGUUAAUAGUGAACUCAAGCAGAAGUUUGAAACCCUGGGAGAGAAGUUAGACAUGAAAGAUGCUGAAAAUCACGAUCUUAGUGAAACAGUUGAGAAGUUGCACAAGGAUCUGGAUCAAGCUAAUCAUGUAAAUGAUCAAUUAAACUAUCAAAUUUUGCUUGGACAGGAUUUUCUGAGACAGAAGGCAAUAGAACUUUUAGAAGCACAGCAAAAGCUUAAGGCUGCUCAAGACCUGAAUGCAGAAUUGUGUAGAAUGAUUGAGGAACUUAAGAGAGAGUGUGAACAAUCAAAACUUGAUAGAGGAAACAUAGAGAAGCAGGUUCGUGAACUAGCUGAAUUUAGCAGGAAUCAGAAGGAGGAAAUUGAACAACUUCAUGAAGCAAAUAAAAAUUUAAAGUCUGAAGUGUGCAUAUUACACAAGGAAGUUGAGGAACAAAGGCUUAAGGAAGAAUGCUUGAGUUCAGAGCUGCAAGAAAAAAGUAACGAGUUUGAACUCUGGGAGUCUGAGGCUGCAUCAUUCUAUUUUGAUUUCCAAAUCUCUUCUAUCCAUGAAGUUCUGCUUGAAAAUAAGGUUCUUGAGCUCACUGGACUUUGUCAGAGUCUUGAAAAUGUAAGUGCUGCGAAGAGUGUGGAGAUAGAACAGAUGAAAGAAAAGGUUGGAUCCAUGGAAAGCGAAAUUGGGGGAUUGAAGGCCCAAUUAUCUGCAUAUGUUCCUAUCAUAGAUUCCCUAAGAGUCACUGUAGAAUCUCUUGAGCACAACGUACUUCGAACAAAGAUUUCUGUGGCAGCCAAUGAAGAACAAAAACAAUUCUUUUCUCUGGAUCCACGGGUAGAUUAUCAACGUCACAAAAUAGGCUGUCAAGAAGUUGUAAAGGAUAAAAUCACUUCCACAGCAGCAGGACUUUCAUCUUUGCAGAAAAUGGAGACUAGAAUCAGAGCCAUUGAAACAGCAAUGAUGGAAGAAAGGCACAGGCUUGCGGUUCAAAGUAUAAGCAUCAGUAUUGAAGAAGAUGGUCUGGUGAAGGAGCCUGAUAAACUGAAAUUAAGGAACACCUCAGAACAAGAAAAUGACAUCCAGAAGGAAGAAAGGGAGCUUGAACAUGAACUCAUUGAUAAACUAAGGCAGCAGAGGCCUAAACCUGAAAUAUCUGAAAUGAGAAACGGAUUACUGAUGAAAGAUAUUCAACUUGAUCAUGUUUCCAACUCAUCAUCCUACGGAAGAAGCAGGAAAGAGAAUGGUGUACCUGAUGAUCAAAUGCUUGAGCUGUGGGAGUCUGCUGAACAAGGCUAUACAAUUGAUUGUAUUGUCAGUGACACAGAAGAACAGGAAAAUCCACCAGUGGAGAGUGGGGUUACUAUUCAUCAGCUCAAAGAUGCAGGACAUAAGAGUCGAGACCCCUGUUCAGAAUUGCAGGUUGAGAAGGAGUUGGGUGUUGACAAGCUUGAGAUAUCUGCAAGCAUUAGAGGUAAAAAUCGAGGGGGCAAAGGGGAAAAGAUCUUAGAGCGACUUGCUUCUGAUGCUGAGAAACUUGUGGGUCUUCAGAGAGCUGUUCAAGGUCUUAAGAAGGAAGUAGAGAUGAAGAAGAGGCGCAAAAAGGCCAAUGGCAUUGAGUACGAUCGAAUUAAAGGACAACUACAAGAGGCAGAAGAGGCUAUUGUCCAGCUGGCUGAUGUGAACGAUCAAUUAGCAAAGGAUAUUGCAGAGAGUAUUUCCUUUGUGAGUGGGAAUAAUUUUGCAGAAGAAAGAAAUGCCAGAGAUACAUGCAGAAAGAUAGCAAUGGAACAGGCACGCAAAGGGUCUGAAAAGAUUGGAAGGUUGCAAUUUGAAGUGCAGAGCAUCCAGUAUCUUCUGCUGAAACUAGAAGAUGAAAAGAAACACAGAGGAAAGAACAAAUUUUCAGAUAGCAAAACAGGCAUCCUCUUGAGAGACUUCAUUUACAAAGGCAACGCACAUAAUAGUGCAAAGCGGAACAAAGCUUGUUUUUGUGGGUGCAUGAGAGCUUCAACUAAUGAAGAGUAAUGUUAACAAGUUAGAGAAGAACUUCUAGUCUAUUAUUUAUAAAUUUUCCUUCGACAUGUCUCAACUGCUACAAUUAGAGUAUCAUAUCCUGGCUAGUUAAGACAAACUAGUACUCUUUAGUUUGUAGAGAACUGGAUGAAUUAGGCUUUGCUCUUAUUAUAAUAAGCUGCCGUAACUUGCAUGGAACCCGUUGUCAGGCUUCAUAUAUAUAUAUGUAUAUAUGUUUUCCAUAUGCAAAUGGAUCAUGAUUCUUAA